AUGUCGACGACGACAUGCCUGACUUGUAAAAGGCAGCACCUCAAAUGCACGUGGAGCGGUGAUGACGCCGGUCCGUCAUCUGGUCGGCCGGACGCCUCGUGUAUUCGAUGCAGAGCGACUGGCAAGGCGUGCAUACCCGCCCCCGCCAUCCGGUUCAAGCACUCUACCGAGACGCCAAGCACGACGGAGCAGACCUGGGUGCGAUACCCACGGCGAUUGCAUUUCGUCGAUGAAACACAGGAACUUGAGGCUCUCUACUGGUCUGAACACGGCAGCCCGCCGCCGCCGCCGCCGCCGCUGUCAUCGGCGGAGACGACGCCUCUUGGUCCACCCGCGGUGGGACGACAGUCCGAUGAUGACCUGGCUCCGAUCAUCGUCGAUGCCAAUAGCCGAGAUUAUCGUGAGGCCCAGGCCGUGAUGCCGACGAGCCCCUACGGCCAACCCGCAUCAGCACCAGCAUCCGCAUCCGCAUCGACACCCGUGGUGAGCUCGAGAGGGGUGGUGCAGACACCAAUAUCGCUGUCCUCCUCAUCCGUCUACAGCUCGUUGCCGGUCGGUUCGACUCUAGGGUUGGCCAACUUUGAGCAAUGUGACGAUGUCGUCUUCCCCUUUACCCAACCGCACGAGGUCCGGUUGAUGAAGUAUUAUCUCGAGUACAUGUGCACCUGGUUCGACCUCUGUGAUGCCCGACGACACUUCGCCAUCGUCGUGCCCCGGCGGGCAAUAACGUGCCCGACGCUGCUUAACGCCAUCUUCGCCCUCUCGUCUCGUCACCUCAGCCUGAACGGGCACUUCGACCCCUAUGCCUCGGACCGCUACCACCAGGAGUGCCUCAAGCACCUGACGGCCAUCUCCAACGACUCGUCCGCCCUGACCAACGACGACCUCCUCGCCGCCACCAUCCUGCUGCGCACCCUUGAGGAGCUCGACGUGCCCCUGAUCGGGACCGACCAUGAGGGUCACCUGCUCGGCAUCCAGCUCUUCAUGAACACCCAGAACGCCUCGUCCACGGCCCCGAGCCCCCUGCGACAGGCCUCUUUCUGGGUCGGGCUGCGCCAGGAGAUCACCAUGGCCUUCGCGACCCAGCGGCCCAUCAAGGUCAAGCUCGACCACCUCUUCAUCGACAGGUCCUUCUCGCCGGCCGACGACGACUGCUGGGCCAACCGCAUCGUCGUCCACUGCGCCGAGGUCGUCCAGUUCUGCUUCGGCGACGUCGCCAGCAGGAAGGCCGAGUACGAGCGCCUGGUCGAGUACGACUACCGCUGGCUGAGGGCGCGGCCGCUCUCCUGGUUGCCCAUCGCCUACUCCGAGCCGGACCCGGCGUUGGACGCGGUGUUCCCGCAGAUCUUUUACAUCAACCACGCCGUUGUCAUCGGAAACGUACACGCAGCUCUCGCACGAGCACUACUGAUGUGCCACGACGAGAGUAUCCCGAAAAUUGGCCCCAGCCGAAUCAUGGCCAGGAAGAAGCUGGACGACGACAUCCGCACGCAGAUCCGCGAGCUGUGCGGCACCGCCCUCUCUAACAAGUCCACCAUCCCCGCCAUGAUCACGGCGUGCAUGGGCGUCACGGCGUGCGGCGACAGGUUCACCGACUUCGCGGAGCAGAGGGCCCUACUCGACGUCCUCGUGAAGACGGACGUCGAGCACAGCUGGCCGACCGCCUCGGCGCAGUCCCACCUGAAGCGGGCGUGGGGGUGGGAAGACGAUUAG